AUGGAUAAAGAUGAGUUUAACUAGUUGAAUGAUAAAAUUAAUAAGAAGAUUAAUCAAAAUUAUAUUGUAGACUUGAUUUCUAAAGCUAAUCAAACUGUUAGAACAUUAAAUUUAAAAUUAAGAAGGAAAUAAAUGAAAGACAAAAUAGAUAAAGAUUACUUUAAUGUGUUGAAUGGCAAUAUAAAUUUUGAAAUUAGUGAUAAAGAUUAUUUUAAUUUGAUUACAACAAAAGCUAAUCAAACAAUUAGACCUUUGACAUUAAAGUUAAGAAUGAAAUAAAUGAAAGAUAAAAUGGAGGAAGAAAUUAUUGUAAAAUAUUAUUAUUAAUUAGUAGAUUUCAAAAAUGAAACAUGAAAGCAAUUAGUCAUAAUAAAAUAAUGAUGAAUUUUAUAAAAAUAUAUUCUUUUUGCAUAAAAAGAGGAAAAAUACAUUUAACAAUAAAUCUAUGAACAAUCAUAGUGAAGCAUUAAGUCCAUUAACUUAAAGAAAUUUCACUUAAUAUUCACCUAAAAGAUUAGUAUCAUAAUUUAAUAAAACAAUGUUACCAUCAUCUCCAAUAGUAUAGACACAUAUGACAAAGGUUUAAAGAUAUUAAGAUUACUUAAAAAUCAAUCAAUAGAUUAUGAAACAUAAAGGAUAACUGAAUGAAUAGAUUUUGAAUCUAUUGGAAGAAAAAGUGUAAAUAAAUAAUUAAAUUAGUCAUAUAGCAAAAUCAUUUAAAUAAUCAUGCACUAAAUUCGGAGUAGAUUCUUAUGAUUAAACUUUAAAAACAAUUUAAGAUCUUAAACAUAAUAUUACUUAAAAGGUUAUAAAGGAAUGUAAUACUAUUUAUUAGGAAAAAUAGAAUCAUAAAUUGAGUAUUCUUGAAAAAACCUAUACAGUAAAUAAAAUUAAUUAUUUAAAAGUAUUUUUUAAAGGUUUUGGAUGUAAUUUAAUAAAUGGAUGAUGAAAUAUACUAAUAUAUGUUGAAUUAUAAAUUCAAAAAUCAAUUCAAUGAUUAGAACACUAUUCUUGAAGAUAUAAAUUAAAUGAGAGAUGAUGCAUAUAAUGAAAAAGUUCGAACUUUUAGUAAAUAUCAUGAUAUUGAUCAGGAAAAGAAAAGAGAUAGAUAAAAACUUAAUAAAGUUAAAGUUUAUUUUUGAUUUAUUAAUUUUAAUUAUAACAACUUAAAAUAAUGAAUUUUUAAGCAAGCAAAAAAAGGGUUAACAGUUAAAUAGAAUCUUAAUAAAAUUAAAUUGCAGAAUUAUAGGCUACAUCAUUUGCACUCUAACAAAAAGUUGAAGAUUUAUAAAAAGAAAUAAAAGAAUUACACUCUUAAAAUCACAAAUUAAAUCAUCAUAUUAAAAUUCUUAAAGAUUAAAAUGAUGAUUUGAAGUUUGCUUAAUAAAAAGAAGGUAAUUAUUUUUAUAUUAAAGAUAGCAACUUUUAUGAUUGAAGUUGAACACUUAAGAACUGAUAAUCAAAGACUUAUAACCUUAUUAGGUAGUUAAGAUAAAGAUUUGAGAUUUCUCAGUUCUUUAGAAACACAAAAAUCAGAUCUUCCUGAAUGUUUAUUGUGGGUUCCUUAGAAGGCUUUUGAAAUAGCUCAUUAAUUUAGAGAAAAAUAUAAAGAUAGUGAUUAUUUAGGUGAUAAAUAAAUUUAACUGCUUCUUUUUGAAUUGAAUAAAGUAUGGGCUGUUAGACAAUUUGAAUAGUAAAAAUUAUAGAAUGUAAUUAUAUUUAAGAUAGAAUUUUAGUCAAUUAAUAAUUUAGAAAAGCAAAAGAUAUAGAGUAAAACUAAUGUUCCUUAUUCAGAAUUUUAAUUAAGCUAAUAAGUGGAAAGAUUAAAAAAAUAAAUAAAAGAAUUAAAAAAAGAGAAUCUUGAUUUAUAUGCUAAUCGUCCAGAAAGAGGAACAAGAAGUAUAAGAAUAGCAUCAGCAAACAAUACUCGAAAAUGA